GCCGUCGGCGCAGGGGCCGCCGGGAAAAACACCGCGGGGCCGGUGCAAAGCUGAGGCGGGAUCGUCCGGGCUGGGAUAAUUUAGCUGGCCAUUUGGAAGGCCUCAGGGUGGAAGGCGGGAGGAGGCGGCCGCGCGUGAACGUGCAGACGCGGGCCCUCCGCCUCGGAGCCCACUCGGUGCUUCUCCGCUUGCGCUUCCGGCAGGCGUCGUGGGCGAGUGCGCCUGCGCGCCGGCCUGUCCGCGCGCCUCGCCGCUGACCGCGCACCGGCCGGCCAGCAGCCCGACGGUUCUGGUAUUGCAGGUCACUCGCAGCUCAGCUCGGCUGCGCACCCGCGAGCAGUAUGUCGCGGAGGCGGCACAGCUACGAGAAUGAUGGUGGACAACCUCACAAAAGGAGGAAGACCUCUGACGCAAAUAAAACUGAAGAUCAUUUGGAAUCUUUAAUAUGCAGAAUAGGAGAGAAGAGUGCCUGCUCUUUGGAGAGCAAUCUAGAAAGCUUGGCUGGUGUUUUGGAAGCUGACCUUCCUAACUACAAGAGCAAGAUCUUAAGGCUUCUUUGUACAGUUGCACGUCUGUUACCUGAGAAGUUGACAAUUUAUACAACGUUAGUUGGACUGCUGAAUGCCAGAAAUUACAACUUUGGUGGAGAAUUUGUAGAAGCUAUGAUUCGCCAACUUAAAGAAUCACUAAAAGCAAAUAACUAUAAUGAAGCUGUAUAUUUGGUCCGUUUUCUAUCUGAUCUUGUGAAUUGUCAUGUGAUUGCUGCCCCAUCUAUGGUUGCUAUGUUUGAGAAUUUUGUAAGUGUGACUCAGGAAGAAGAUGUGCCUCAAGUGCGACGGGAUUGGUAUGUGUAUGCAUUUCUGUCAUCUUUGCCCUGGGUUGGAAAAGAGUUAUAUGAAAAGAAAGAUGCAGAAAUGGACCGCAUCUUCUCCAACACUGAAAGUUAUCUUAAAAGACGCCAGAAGACUCAUGUGCCCAUGUUACAAGUAUGGACUGCCGAUAAACCACAUCCACAAGAAGAGUAUUUAGAUUGCUUGUGGGCCCAGAUUCAGAAAUUGAAAAAGGACCGGUGGCAGGAAAGGCACAUCCUAAGACCCUACCUUGCCUUUGACAGCAUCCUCUGUGAAGCACUACAGCAUAACCUGCCUCCUUUCACACCCCCGCCUCACACGGAGGACUCAGUGUACCCGAUGCCCAGGGUCAUCUUCAGGAUGUUCGACUAUACAGACGACCCCGAGGGUCCUGUUAUGCCAGGGAGUCAUUCAGUGGAGAGGUUUGUCAUAGAGGAGAAUCUUCACUGCAUCAUAAAAUCCUACUGGAAGGAAAGGAAAACUUGUGCUGCACAGCUGGUGAGCUAUCCAGGGAAGAACAAGAUCCCCUUGAACUACCACAUAGUUGAGGUGAUCUUUGCAGAGCUGUUUCAGCUUCCAGCACCCCCUCACGUCGAUGUAAUGUACACUACCCUGCUCAUUGAACUGUGCAAACUUCAGCCGGGCUCUCUGCCCCAAGUUCUUGCACAGGCGACUGAGAUGCUGUACAUGCGUCUGGACACGAUGAGUACUACAUGUGUAGACAGGUUUAUUAAUUGGUUUUCUCAUCAUCUAAGUAACUUUCAGUUCCGUUGGAGCUGGGAAGAUUGGUCAGAUUGUCUUACUCAGGAUCUCGAAAGUCCCAAACCAAAGUUUGUAAGAGAAGUUCUAGAAAAAUGCAUGAGGUUGUCUUACCAUCAACAUAUAUUAGAUAUUGUUCCUCCCACCUUCUCAGUUCUGUGUCCUGCAAACCCAACCUGCAUUUACAAGUAUGGAGAUGAAAGUAGCAAUUCUCUUCCUGGACAUUCCGUGGCACUCUGUUUAUCUGUUGCUUUUAAAAGUAAGGCAACUAAUGAUGAAAUCUUCAGCAUUCUGAAGGACGUACCAAAUCCUAACCAGGAUGAUGAUAGCGACGAAGGCUUCAGCUUUAACCCAUUGAAGAUAGAGGUCUUCGUACAGACUCUGCUGCACUUGGCGGCCAAAUCCUUCAGUCACUCCUUCAGCGCCCUUGCAAAGUUUCAUGAAGUCUUCAAAACUCUUGCAGAAAGUAAUGAGGGGAAGUUACAUGUGCUGAGAGUUAUGUUUGAAGUUUGGAGGAAUCACCCACAGAUGAUUGCUGUCCUGGUUGAUAAGAUGAUUCGUACACAGAUUGUUGACUGUGCAGCAGUAGCAAACUGGAUCUUCUCAUCGGAGCUGUCUCGGGAUUUCACUAGGUUGUUUGUUUGGGAAAUUUUGCACUCGACAAUUCGUAAGAUGAACAAACAUGUUCUGAAGAUCCAGAAGGAGCUGGAAGAAGCGAAAGAGAAACUGGCAAGGCAGCACAAGCGUUGCAGUGAUGAUGAUGACAGAAGCAGUGACCGGAAGGACGGGGCCCUGGAGGAGCAAAUAGAAAGACUGCAGGAGAAAGUUGAGUCUGCACAGAGUGAGCAGAAGAACCUUUUCCUCGUCAUCUUCCAGCGCUUCAUCAUGAUCUUGACUGAGCACUUGGUACGCUGUGAAACCGAUGGGACCAGCAUAUUAACCCCGUGGUACAAGAAUUGCAUAGAGAGGCUGCAGCAGAUCUUCCUACAGCAUCACCAGAUAAUCCAGCAGUACAUGGUGACCCUGGAGAACCUGCUUUUUACUGCCGAGCUAGACCCUCACAUCCUGGCCGUGUUCCAGCAGUUCUGUGCUCUGCAGGCCUAAUAAUCAUGUUUCUUCCCUUUUUGUUAUCUUGAAAUAAUUUGUCUUAUUUUUGAUGGUUUGAAUGUUUGCUUUCUUGUAGUAGCCUUUCACUUCCUAAAGGAAAUGGGGAGGAGAGCGAGGAGUAUGACAUUACCCUUAGUUGCCCUGAAGGGCAAGUAUUGCUUGAUGACAGCGAUGUUAUGGUGACUGUAGCGUUGUACUUAUGUGAGACACAACUUUCCUGUGAUGAAUUUGAUACUUUUUCUCCUUAGGGCACAAAACAACAGGUUUGAGGUGUGUAAGAUGCAAGCUCAGACUUGCAAAGUAGUAGAUACAACCAACGGACUAUCUAUCACCAGGGAGCCUAGCUUUUCUCUGCUCCUGGGUAAUAUGGCUGGAAUAAACUGAAGUUAUGUUUUUUAAA